AUGGCCCCACGGAUGGCGCAGAGACCACUGGCGCAGCGGGUGAGCCGGGCAUACUGCACGGUCUCGGCGGUUGCUGCCCUUGUGCUCGCGAGGAUGGUUCCGUGGGACCUACUGCCCGACGGAAGGACCAGGUGCUGGGCGGAUCACGGGAAGGAGCGGGAGACCGCGAGCCAGAGCACGCUCAGGGCGUGGCAGGAGGAAUUGGAUGCGGGCAUGGUUGGGAAUUCAAUUGGGAAAUGGACGAAGGAGCUGAUCAGGGAUAUCAGAGGGUGGGUGGACAGCAAAUAUGAAGAGCUAAACUACGAGGUGAAGCAGGUCCUGAAGGGGCACGGGCAAUUCCAGACUUUCACGGCGAGUUUCGGACGGUCCGAGAGCGACAUGUGCGUCCUCUGCGACUCGGGGGAGUCCGACAGAGAACUAGAAGUCCUCACGGACAUACAAAAAAUGGUAAGUGAUAGACCACUGACUCAUAUAAGCAACGAUCUGAAUGAGGUGCUGCCCCUCAGACCAUCGGAUCUGCUAUAUGGAGUCCAGGUGGGACCAGCAUUACCAGAGACGAUGGGAAUCAUCAAUAGCGCGGAGCAUGCUACGGCAGAAGCAUUGAUGACCAGAUGGAAACAUCAGCAAAACAUUAGGAAUGAUUUCUGGAAACGAUUCCGAAAGGAAUGCAUCCAGCAUUUGCGAACAGCGCACAUGAGCAAACCGGUCAGAGAACGUCCCAUUAAAAUCGGAGACGUAGUCCUCUUAGAUGAUCCGGCAGCUUCGCGAAGCUAUUGGCCAAUGGGGAGAGUAACGGAGUUUUCUGGCCGGGAGGGGCCGGAUGGGAAGCGAAGGACCUGCAUGGUCAAAUUACCAUCCGGAAAGUCUCUGCGGAGGCCCAUUCAACUAUUAUACCCACUCGAUAUAGCCCACUAUUAA